AUGGGUACAGAAUCUAUCAUUCACCUUCUUGCGGAUUGCGACUAUGCCAAGGCAUGUUGGAAUAAGCUUCACUUCUAUUCACUCAAUAUUGACACUGAUGACUUCCAGUCGUGGCUAUGCAAUGCUCUGGAUGUUCUUUCCAAUGAUCAAUUCUGCACCCUCUCUAUUGUCUGCUGGAAUAUAUGGAAUCUCAGGAACAAUAUUAUUUGGAAAAAUUGGACCAUAGAGUUUGUGGAUAGUCUGAUAUUCAAGUCCAAAUCUUAUUACUCAGCCUGGCUUGCAAUGACAUCAGUUGAGCAGCAUAACCGUGAGACUGAUGUGCCUAAUGAACAAUGGAAAAGACCACAGCAAGGAUUCAUGAAAAUGAAUGUUGAUGCGGCUAUCAACAUAGGUGACGGUUGCAUGGGUGUUGGUUGUGUUCUAAGAGACGAUCAGGGAGUCUUUGUGGCAGCAAGGAGUGCUAACUGGAGAGGCGUCCUCACCUCAAGAGAGGCAGAAGCAUUAGCAAUCCGUGAUUCUCUAAUCUGGCUCAGAUCUCACACAGAAAGCAACAUUCUUGUUGAGACUGACUCACAACAGGUUGUUCAAUGUUAUAAUUCGAACUUAGGAGAUUCCUCUUUCCAUUUACUUUUAGCAGAUAUCAAAAACUUAAUGAGUAUGUUUGCUCAUAGCAGUUUAGUCUUUGUCAAGCGAUCUGCGAAUCAGGCGGCCCAUCUGUUAGUUAGGCAGUCUGUUUCUGUGUCUGGUUGCUCGGAGUGGUUCAUGAACCCUCCCCUAUCAUUUGUAAUACUCUCCUUUCGGAUUUGA